AUGCAAACCUGUGCUGUGGUGCCAGCCGUUCAGCGUGACCGGCUGCGGGAGUGCGCCGAGCUGCUGUCCGGCGAACACGACUUCCGCUCCUUCAUGGGCACCAGGAAAGGGCUGACGGAGGACCUGGUGACCCGCCGACACCUGGACAUCGAGCUCCGGCCUGGCGCCACCUGUGUCGACGCACCUCACCUCCAGUUCUGGGACAUCGUCUUCAGCAGCAAGGGCUUCCUCUAUCGUCAGGUGCGUCGCACGGUGGCCGUGCUGGUGGCCGUGGCGCAGGGCCGGCUCUCGCUGGAGGACGUGCAACACCUGCUCGACGUGCCCAGCAAGGACAGCUGGAACCCGCGCGCCGCCACUGCGCCGCCUCACGGCCUCUACCUGCAGCACGUGGUGUACGACCCGGCCGACCUGGCUGAGGGCGAAUAG